GAGCUUUUCGUGUAUCAACAAGGAGACUUACUUGAUGGGCAUCCUCGCAGAUGUUUGUGAGGCUGUUUGGUUGGCGUCGUUGCUAUUGCUGUUCUGUGGCGGACUCGGUCAAAAUGGAACCCCCACUGUUCGAAAAGCGGCACCCUCAGCACUCAAUCUUCGGUGAAACGUUUAUGUCACAAUAAUAACCGCUGAUUCGGUGGAGGAGACGUAUUUAUUGGGGGUUUCAAUUAUUUAGACUUGAGGUUUCUUCGAGUCGAGAUCAAAAUGCUCGCAACUCUGCACUGUCAACUCAAUAUCUCCACCGCUCCAGCCAGCGUCUCUGGCCGCCUCUCACGCCUCUAUCUGCCUUGCGCCUUCUCGUGCAUGGAACUCUGCCGGUCGAUCCUCGGGAAGAGGGGCACCGAAAAAAGAACCUGGCGUGGCACGCCUGGCUCACUGGCUGCUCUCUAGCCCCCCCAUCAUUCACCUCAGACUCGAUGCACAUGCUUAUAAAUUCUUUAUUCCUAACCUCUUACAAAUGCUUCCUCUAACAUACUGAAAUUUUUAUAUUCGAAAUUCGUUCCAACAGCUAGAUCUGCCGCAGACGCCAAAAGUCAACUAGUACUGUUCUACCAUCGAUCGCAUCCUCGGCUUGGUCUACAUCAACACCUCCAUCAUGACGCGCUUAAUACUUUCCACGUCGUAUGAUCUUCCAAUUUGCUAUGGCUGAAGACGACAGAUGGGCUGACUAUGGUGAAAUACUAGAAACAUUAUGACUGGUGGCCCUUCGAUCAUAAGGAAGCCUGGCGCAUCCAAUCUUGAACUAACGAAUUCUCUGCGAUCAAACUUUCAAAAUGCGCAACAGGGUUACUCUCCUUCGUCCAGAUCAAAGGCGAGUAGUCCAAGCAAUGGCGAAGAAGACGAAUCUCCUCAGCGACCCUCGCCCUCCAUUUGGACUACCCGUGAAAAUACCGAUUUUUAUAUUCCUACCAUUGACUGGACGCUAUCUGGUCUCGCCGAAGAGCCAAGCCAAUAUGAUAUUACGGUCAAACUGUUCUAUCUGCCUGGUGCGGACAUAAAAGAUAGGAGACAGCAUACCCAGGAUGCACUUCAGCUGGUAAUGAAAGAACUGGGCGUGUGUUCCGUUGACCUCUUGAUUGUGUCAUUCCCAGGCAUGUCUUUUGAAGGCGAUUGUGAAUGGGAUGCCGAUAAAAAGAAUUCAGCACAAGGAAACGACGACGAAGAAGUAGCCUCAUGGGCCGCCCUCGAAGAACUCUACGAUCAAGGCGUCGUCAAAAAAUUGGGACUUGCUGAAUAUGGUAGUGAGAAGCUGUCAAGAUUUUUGAAGAGAGUAAGAGUACGACCCAAGGUGGACCAAGUCAAUGUCAAGGAUUGUUGUAAUGUUCCACCACCACUUCGCCAAUUAGCAAAACUUGAAGGCAUCGAACUCUAUGUGCAUAAUGACUGCACGAACAUCCUUCCAAGUGGGACUUUGAGAGAACUUCUGGGACAGGGUUCGCAAGGUGCCGGAGUACUGUCAGAGGCGAAGAGAGGGAUUGACGGUAUGAAGGGAGAAUUGACUCCUGAGUGGGUUGUCAAGUAUACCGCAGUCGUUAGAGAUCGAGGUGUCAUCGAAAACAAGGGUUACUUUGCCGUUGCAGAGCUGCGAGAAUAA